AUGUGUGACCUCGACGACAAAGGCGUCAACGAAGUAGGAGUAAUCUCAGAAGUUAAGGAUAGAAAAGUAAUGGACGAGGAAGGUGAGAAGAACGACUCUACUGAAGAACUCGUACCAAACUCAGGACGCCUCGGUGAUAACACGGCGGAUGACCAGCUGCGAGUGCACAUCUUCGAUAAUCACGCCGUGGAAUUCACCUGUGCCGACGGCCAGCUCACGUUCCUAUGCCAGGAGAAGUUGCAGAACCAUCUGUGCGAGGUCAGCGCCAGUUCGGGGUCGUUCUUCUGCGCCGACUGCCCGAAGACGUUUGCGAAUCAGCGGCUGCUCAAUUGCCACGACGCGUCGGCCGCGUACUACUGCGAGACGUGCCACGCGUGUUUCGCGACGAGACCCGCGAUGACGGACCACUCCUGCCGCUGUGAAGACGGCCAGGCUUUUCGCUGCGAGAUCUGCGGCGAUCGCUUCGUGAACGAGCUCUACCAGCUGCGCCACCUGGCGGCGACGCACGAGCGGAAGUACGCAUGCGCCACCUGCGAGAAGACGUUCGUUCUCGAGAAGCGGUUGACGGUGCACGUGGUCGUAUGCGAGGGCCUGCGCUCGAUCGCGCAGAACGCGGCCGCGCAGUACCGCCGCUGCCUGCAGAUAUUCACGGACGGGACGGCGUUCGAGCGGCACGCGUCCUCGCACACGCACCCGCACGACGGCGCGGGCGCGGCGGGGGAGGCAGCGUCGCGUGCGGGCGCGUUUUCGACGACGCUUCGAAGCUGGAGCGUCGCGCCCGUGCACGAGUGUACACCGUUCGCGUGCGUGUACUGCCGUCACGUGUUUGCGCGCAAGGACCUGCUGCUGCGGUACGCGUGCGCGGCGUCGGGCACGGCGGCGCGCGUGUACCGCAUCCAGGGCCGCGAGUACUUCGUCGAGCCGCGUGUCUGCGAGACGUGCAGCGUCUCGUUCACGAGAAAGAGCGUGCUCGGCAUCCACGCGAAGACGCAUUAUCGUGGCCUAGAUGACUAUCACAACCCCAGCUAUCGCACCUGGCUGUAG